AUGGCGGGAGUUCCCUAUUUCAUCGGCGUAGGAGUGCACGAGCAAUUCCAAAGAACUCGGGAAUCCGCAAAACCAUCCGGUGAAAAGAAAUCUCCUGGCGAAGAAGAAUUCUUCUAUGACUUCUCUGCUGUCACAGAAUCCCAUCUGAGCGAUGUUCAGGUGCUGUGCCAGCAUUGCAGAGUGCUGCAACUCAAAAAUUUACGUCUGAAAAAGGAAAAAGUCUCGUAUGACGAUAAGAAGCCGUUAGAAUUGAGGGCGGACGUCCCGAAUUAUGAGGAAGACCUCGAAUAUCGUCGAAAAGAUGUAGUUCCGCUGCUUCCCAACCUGGCCGAGUCUGCAGACUCUGGUUGCCAGUUUUGUACCUUGCUUCGGAAUGCCAUGAUCUGGCACUUUCGGAAAUACCCAUUGGCGCGUCUUCCUGACGAUACAGUCGAGAUUACAAAGAUUCGAAAUUAUUGGAACUUUGGUCUAACAGCAUUUACUGUACACAGCACUGCGUUUGUUAGACCUAAGCACAGAUGGGGCUAUCUUACAUUCAGGGCCAGUAUUAACCCAAGAGAUCCAUGUGCUAUCCCCUUUUACCCGUUCUCAGACUUUAUACCAGAUAGUAUAAUAUCACCCGCCGGCAUUCUCACCUUGAAAAAAUGGGUGUUUGGUAGCAGCAAGGAGAAAGAUGCUCUCAAGGCACUUUAUCGCCCUACAAGGCUGAUUCAUGUUACUGGUAAAAGAGAGUCGAGUCUGAUUCGCCUUGUGGAAAGCAAUACACAUGCCGACAUGGCUGAGGAACCACAGCCGUAUUUGGCUCUGAGCUACUGUUGGGGAGGGAAACCCCCGUCUCUCACAACCACAAAAAGCAACUACUCUCAUUUGAAAACAUCCAUUUCUUACAAUGCCCUGCCGAAAACGUAUCAAGACACUGUCCGCAUUGCGCGAGCGUUGGGCGUCAAGUACGUCUGGAUUGACGCACUCUGCAUCAUACAAGAUGACGUGGAAGACUGGGAGAGGGAAUCGCAGGUGAUGGCAGAAAUUUUUCGAAACUCCCUCGUCACGCUCAUACCGCUCCGUACAACGUCAAGCGACGAAGGUUUCCUUGAACGAAACCCAAGUGUCAAGAUCCCCUACCACUCCGUAGAAUGGAAUAUCCACGGUUCAUUCUUUCUUCGUCAUAUACCCUUCUCUUACGAAAUCGCCGAGUCUGCGUUACGUGGUGCACCUAGCUGGUCAGACAGACCCCUCUCUCUUGAGAUUCAAGCCUCAGCUUGGCACACUCGUGGCUGGGCGUUUCAAGAAGACAUGUUUGCGAUGAGGAAGCUGUAUAUCGGCCAGCUCAUGAUGCAUUGGGAUUCUCUCAAGCCGAUUGACAUUAUAAGAACAGAGGAUACCAUCAUCGAUGACAAGCUAGACCGCAUUGGUGAGGCUGAGUUGUCCAUCAUUCAUACAUCUACACCAUGGAGAGGCGAAGGCGACUAUCAGGGCUGGUACAAUCCAAUGCUUGAAUACAGCAACAAGAAGCUCACGUAUCAGACCGACAGACUGCCGGCAGUGUCAUCGUACGCCAAGCUCAUCGCUAGUAAGAGCGGAGAUGUAUAUUUGGCCGGCUUAUGGAAAAAGAAUCUUCAUCGAGGUCUCCUUUGGAAGAUAAACCGGCGUUUGCGCUGGACCUUUCGUCAGCUGAAGGGAUGGCUCAAGCACCCGCCUCAAUACAUUGCGCCGUCUUGGUCUUGGGCGAGGAUUCGUAGUAGCAUAAGAUGGGACAACACUGAUUACAUGAAACGCGAGUGUAAGGUCCUUGAGGCUAAGACGAAGCCUCAUGGAGGAGACAUAUAUGGACGAGUGUCUGGUGGACGCCUUUUACUCCGCGGGAAGGUCUGUGGCAUUCCUGGGGGGAAACUCCAAAAGCUGCCUCUCGAAUCGCCCUUUUAUGGCGAGCAAUGCGAGUGGCUGGCUAUAGAAGAUGAGCAGUACGUCGCGCAGUGCGCCCUUGACUGGAGAGAGACAAACGAAGAUGGGCUGCAGCUCUCUGAGGCGAGCGGGGAGUACAUCCAGAAACUUGUCAUGUUCCUCGUUUCCAGCGGGCAUACGGAAUCAGCGAGUGUCUAUUCCAGAAGACCGCAUGAAUGGGAAGGCAAGGAGGGGGAUCCGCCGUUGGAAGUCAUGCACGGCCUCCUGUUGUAUCCUACGGGGAAGAAGGAGGAUGAAUAUUGGCGUGUUGGGUUGUUUCACUCACUGACGGAUGAGAAGGGUGGCAGGCAAUAUUUUGCCAAUUGUGAAAAGAAGACUGUGAGAAUCAUUUAG